UUUGCACAAUUGACUGCGACUACCCCGUGCAUACGGCGCGAACAACUUCCCGUGCGGCACAUAUUCCGAGAACGGGAACACUGAAGGCAUAUCGGCAUACAACACGAGGACUCUGCAACCUCUGACCACGCAGCCAGACUUCAAGUCGACAUGGCGCCCCUCCCAGCAGAUGAUCAGAAACAGAAUAUCGACCAGACUGCCACAAACGAAGGUGGCAGGUCAUGGACCACGGCCACUAUAGUCGUAGGAGCAGUCUUCCUCUUUCUCGCCCUCACCUUUAUUGCUACUAUUAUCGCCUUCAUGCUUCACAAACGCAAACUCCGCAAGCAGCUCCCAGCCGAGCACCGUCCAAGAUCCUACCACCCUUUUCGCACAGAAACUACCGACAAAUCCAGUCUCCUCGACAAUGCACAAACACCCGACGAAGAACGCUCGAUUAUGUUCAGCCGCGAACGCAGCAGCGUCUCUGUCUACGUCGACGUCGAACCCGAAUCCGAACCCGCCAACAGACGCGUAAGCGCCCAGAGCAUGGAGACCAUCAGUUUGAUACCACUGCAUAUUGCUCCACCGGAGCGACACGAGUCUCUGACAGGAGCGAUCAGCAAUGGGAGCGGUGUGAGUGCGUCGAGCAGCAGGUACUCACGGGGAAGCAUCAGUUUGAGCCCGAUACAACAGGAGGACGGGGAUCUGGGAACGAGACCGGUGAGGCCAAGAAGCACAAGCACAAGUAGCGUGAGGUACUAUGGGAAGAAGGAGGGCUCACCAGACAGCACGACGUGGAAGACGUCGAACUCGCCGCAAACCAGCGUCGCGGCACAACAGUUACCGGAGAUACCUAGGAUCGUGCACACGCUUUCUGAUUAGCCGUCAAACCCUAAUUUCUGAAAUUUCGUCGUUUCAACACGGUAUAGCGUGUGUUGGGUGGGUCACUCCCUAUCCCUCCUUCCAACGCGAUCGCCCA